AGGACAGUCUUCUGGUGCCGUACAGCGCGCUCGAGGCGUUUGGAGCGCACUUUCUCAAGAUCCAAACUCGAGGACGGGGCUUUUAGUGCCGACGAGUAUAUCGCGCACCUGGCCAUCCGACAUUCGACCGGCAAUCCAGACAAGGAUGCCAAGGAAGGAAAGCAGACGUGGCUUGUGUUCACCUCCAGUCGCCUCAUCAUUCUGCUCAGUGAGAAGGAUGGGCGGGCAAAGCCUGAGGCCUACGUUGCGCGCUCUCCAACUUCCAUCUUUGCCGUGACACCGACACAAAAUGGUGUUGACAUUGAUGCCGAAAUGUUCAACGCGUCCUCUGUUGUCGGAGCCAUGGAGUUGUUCGGGAUGGCCAAAGCCAAGCGUCGCAAGAUCACCAUUCCCAUGACAGAUGGCCCCGCCCGGCAGCUUUUGUGUCGCACAUUUGCCCGUUGGAUGCCUGUCGCCAAGGACUCUAGCGCGCCCUGA